UUGAAUAUGCCACCGAUCUUUAACCGAUUUCGCACGGUUCUCUCUCGAAGAGGCAAGAAAUCAUCGAUAUCUUUUCUAUCGAAGGAAUCUAUUUGGAAAUGCCUCCCCAACGAUGUCUUAGUCAGACUAGUUUCGUUAUGUGAGCUAGAAGAUAUUGUGUCGUUGGCAUUGACAUGUCGAUUGAUACAUAGCCGUGUUUUCAAAAAUGAAACGGCCAUAUCUCAUGUAUGGUUGAAUAUCAGACGCCGAAAUUAUCUUCGUGAUGAAGAUGAUCUCAAUUUCUCCCCAGGCGAUGAUCUAACCUUCAUAUCUGAGUUGUUUCCCCCGCCUCCACCUCAAUAUGCUGUGGGAGACGGACACGACGAUGCCGAGUAUUCAUUUGCAUAUUUGGCUGAUCUGCAAGGCUGCUGGACAACAUGCAUCCAAUUAUCUUAUCACUUGGCCGACCAUGCAGUUCGUCAUCAUCUUGACACGGACCCGAUAGCCCGAUCACUUUGGACCUCUUCGAAAACAGAGAAAGAAGUUGUCUACAGCAGAGCAGUUGCAGUGCUCCACGAGAAGCUCAUUUACCCAAUGGCGCAUACCAUCCUAUUCCUCGAGUCUUCUGCCGCAGAUGAUCCAAUUUCCGAAUCCUCGGUUCAUCUAGAUAGACUUUUCAAGUCUAUAGAUGACCAACGGUCGAUUCUUCAGAGCACACCAUUUACAAACACCCAUAUUCUGCUUUCAACCCAGCACUGCCUAGAGCUUCUGUGUUCUACCCUUCGCCGGUUGAUGCUACCUGAAUUUCCCUCUUCAUCAUCUGAAAACUGGGUCAGUAUGCUCCUUAUGACAUCGACUCUGGAGCGAAUCCUCAAGUUCUUUGUUGCUGUCGCAAAGGAUGAAGAGGAGCGGGAAUCUCCGUUCCAUGCGACCGGCUGGUCGCAUCGGAAAGAAUUCAUGUGGCGGAUGCGUGAGGACUUGAGCCAAUAUGUGGUGUCUAAGAAAUACUCGAAUCGGAUCUCGACAGGACUUCCAACUCUCACUGAAGUAUGGUUUGGGGCUUGUCAUCAAGAGAUGCUUCAACGGGGGGCUGUUCCGCAUUCAACGGAGGAGCCUGUUCCUGUUCUUCAUGGCUCAGCUGUGAAAUUGACAUGCGAAUACUGCUACAUAGAAGAGUAG